AUGUAUUUAUCUUGCCAUGACGACACAAAGUUCUCGGGAGUCGUGACUUCCUGUCGAUUUCUUCAUCCUCAGUAUCAUCGCCACAACGACCGGAGCAGUCUUCGGUCUACCCCAGGGCUGUCUCGACGAUUACUACGCACGAUCCAACAUAUCGUGUGCCAUCCCAUCCAUCGUAUCGACAGCACAAGAAACAAUUACUACGAUUUCAACUCUCCCUCCCGGAGUCACGCCGCCUCACCAGGGAGCCCCAGAAUCCAGUCUUCCCCAGUCGUGGGUAAAGUGGACAAGACCACCUCCGCCUCGAUGGCCCUCCGCAAGAUCUUCACGAAAGUUUGGUGGUCCACUCUCGUGCACGGCAAGCAAGCACAACCAGUGCCAUCAAAUUUCUUCACGGGCGGCAAUCAAAUCCAUCGACCUCAAGACGUCCGAUUGCACACCCUCGCAGCAUCUACUGCAAUCCUCAAAGCCCGUCCUCAACAGAGUAUGACGCUUGAUGAAGUGCACGAAUCCCUCCAGGGGUCGAUGGACGAAAUCCGUACCGAGAUCGUCAAGAGCAAGGGCAAGUGGUACAACACUUUGUAG